AUGGUUGUGAAAGAGUUUUUGGAGGAUAAAGGGGUGCAGUUAUCUCGAUUCAAACAGUUCAGAGUAAACAAGGCAGCAGCCAGACGAAGUUUGAAACGCUUGCAGGGUGGAGAGAUUUCAGUUCCAACUCAACCAACAAAUAAUCAGAUUAGGGAAACCUUAAUGGUACGUUCAGGUGCCGCUAAUGCAAACCAAAGUGACCACAACAAUAUGAGAGAUCUUCAUUUAUAACUGUACAUGAAAAGGAUCCCAAUCCUCUUUUUCUUAAUGCACAGUACUGAACAUGAGCUUUUUCCCUUUACUUCUAAGCACAACAAAAUUAGUAUUGCUGAUCAUUAUAAUUAAAAAAAAAAUAAUAGUUAUAAAUAUUAUUUAUUACAAAUGUCUGUAAUAAUGUAAAAUUUAAUUUUUUCUUAUAAUCUCUGCCAUGGUAAAUAUUCAAGGAAAUAACUAAUAAUGAUGGAUACAUGCUGAUUGAUUUGUUUUCUAUUCACAUGUCUUUUACUCUGCAGAGCAAAGUUGAAAGUGAUGAAUAUGUCAUUGGUGAAAUGAUUGUCCCUCAGACAUUCAAGAAAGUAACAUUAACUAAGGAGGGACGCCUUAAGACAGAAACAUUUACCGUGUCUGGCCGAAAGAUUCCUCUGUUGGAAAUCAGAAGGAGAAGGCUCAAAGAACAUGAGUCGUUGGGAAUAAUGAGAAUUUGCAAGGAUGAUUUCUAUGACUCAAUGACAGAAGAUGAACUCAGUUCAAGACUUGUGCAACUUGGUGAGGAAAGUGGGGAGGGGACUCCAUCUGAGAUGAGAGAUUGGAAAGGCUGAAAGGAAUGGAAAGGAAAAGGCAUCUUAUGGUUUGGGGGGAUAAUUCCACUCUUCUGAACCACGGUCACCUUUUACUUACUGUCAGCGCAAUAUAUGAUGAGGCAAUUUAUUACACAAAUGAAGAAAUGAAGGCCAAAGGCAAAGAGAACAUUGAUGUACAAUCUCUAGUGGAGAGACCUCAUGUUUACAUACUAGGAAGGUGUGGAGCCUCUGAGGUUGAACAGCUGGCAUAUAUAAAAAACAGAAAAGCCUACUUGCAAAGUCUAAGUGAACCAGUUCUAACAUCAAAUGGUGUGCAGAUCACUGACAUAAUGCGAUUUUUUCAUGGAGAUGGCCCACAACAAGAAUUUGAAGCUGGAGAACAAAAAGGUGGAAAUGCUGGAUGUGCAAGUUGCAAUGGGGAUGCUAGAAAGUACAAGGACCUAGCCGUUUCUCUAAGAAGACCACACCUA